UUCUUCCGUUCUCUACAUAAAAAUAAAUAGUGUUCCUAAUUGUUAAUUUGUGUGAGAUAAAAUUAAUAUGGGUGAUAUUUUAAAAGAUAAUCGUUUUGCAAAAUAUUUAAAUGACCCUAAAUACCGUCAGAUACCUAAACAUGAAAGGAAAGUUAAAAUUGAUAAGCGAUUUCAGUCCAUGUUUAGUGAUGAUAAAUUUAAAGUUAAAUACACUGUGGAUAAACGGGGAAGACCUAUCAACGACACGUCUACUGAGAAUUUGCGUAAAUAUUACGACUUAGAUGAAACAGGAAGUUCGGAUAGUGAUUCGGAGUCUGCGGAAGAAGAUACUGAGGGUAAACAAAACGAAGGAAGAUUUGUUAGGAGACCUGCUGUUGAAGAAAAUGAUAAAACAAUUGAAACAUUCAAGAAUGAUAAAUUAGUUGGUGGAAAGUUAGAUAAAAAGACAAAAAAUAGAUUGCUAGAUCUUGAAAUUGAUUAUGCUCGUGGGGAAGGGGUGCUACUUACUGAUAGUUCAAGUGAUGAAGAGAGUACUGAAGUAGAAGAGGAUAGUGAGGUGGAACAUGAAUGGGGAGAGCUGGAUGCAGAUGCUGACACAACAGAUGAGUCGACAAAGAGAUUAGCAAUUUGUAAUAUGGACUGGGAUAAUAUAAAAGCUUCAGACCUCAUGGUGCUAUUAAGUUCAUUUCUUCCGGCUGGUGGCAUCAUUCACAGUGUUACAGUAUAUCCGUCGGAGUAUGGACUAAAAAGGAUGCAAGAGGAAGAAGUCCGUGGCCCCAUUGAGCUGACUGAGAACACAAAGAUUGAUGAUGGUUUGUCUGACGAUGGUGGUAAUGAAGAAGGUUCAUCAUACCACAUGGAGAAGUUGCGUCGAUACCAGCUCAAUAGGCUGAAGUAUUACUACGCUGUGGUUGAGUGUGACUCUGUGUCAACGGCCGAUAAGCUGUACCACGAGUGUGACGGUAUCGAGUACGAAAGCAGCGCCACGCGGCUCGAUUGUAGAUUUAUACCCGAUGACGUGCAGUUUGAUCAGGAACCACGAGAAGUCUGCACAAAAUUACCAGACCUAACAAAAUAUAAGCCACGCUUGUUUACUACAACAGCGUUACAGCAAGCAAAAGUUGACCUCACAUGGGACUCUACCAAUCCCAACAGAACAGAGGUCAUUAAGGGUGCUCUUGAUGGGAAGAUUGAUGAUUUGGACCUUAAGGAAUACCUGGCUUCUAGCAGUGAAGAUGAAUGCAGUGAAAAGGAUGAAGUUGAAGAACAACCUGAAGAUGAAAAUGAUGACCCUAUUCAAAAAUAUAAAAUGCUUUUAGAAGAUAUUGAGAAAAAGGAAGAAAAAAAACAGAACAAAGAUAUGGAAAUGGAAAUCACAUGGGGUUUGGGUAUUAAAGAUAAAGCAGAAGAGUUGGUAAAAAAGAAAAUGAGUAAAGAGAACGAAACCGCUACACCAUUUGAGAAAUUGUUGCAAAAGAGAAAGGAGAAGAAAAAGUUGCGAAAAUUACAACAAAAACUUCAAGAAAAGGUUGAUAGUUCAGAAGAUAAUUCGGAGAAUGAUAACUCUGAUGACGUACCUUCUGACGUGGAUCUUAAUGAUCCAUACUUUGCAGAAGAAUUUAAUAAACCAGAGUUUAAGACAAAAGCAAAAAAUAAAAAACAUAAGGACCAAAAUGAUAGUAACUCAGAAGACGAGAGAAAUAAAGCUGAGUUGGAACUAUUGCUAGACGAAGAUGAUGGCAAACAACAUUUUAGUCUGAAAAAGAUCCAAGAAGCGGAGAAUGGGUCAAAGAAAUCAAAACGAAGGAAAAAAUUGAAAGAAAAAAUGAAAGAACAAAAAGAGACUGUACAAGAUUUCGAAAUAAAUUUGAAUGAUAAUAGAUUUUCAGCUUUGUACGAGUCACAUCUGUACAAUAUUGAUCCAACAGAUCCCAAUUUCAAGAAAACUAAAAACAUGGAAAAGCUUAUUCAGGAGAAGUUAAAACGGAGACCUGCAGACACACUAAAUCUAACUGUUCCUAAGAAAUCAAAACAGGAUGCUGAAAUAGAUUUACUAGUUAAAAAUAUUAAGAGGAAAACUAAAGAUGUUUCAAUAAAGAAAUGAUUAUGUAUAAUAA